CUCGGGAAUUGUGUAAAAGCAUUUCCUAUGACGAAAUCAUUUCGCUUAUAUCCGUCCCCGUCGGUCGCGACGGCGAUUAUAGCUUUCUGUUCGGAAAUCGGAAUCCGGUUUAACCAAUAAGAGUAGAAAAAUGUAUCCUGGUGGUUUUACUGUAGAAGUAACAACCUUAUCUCCUAAGGCAACAGAGGAGGAUGUUUACAAGUUUUUUGCCUUCUGUGGUGAAAUUGAACACAUUGAGAUCAUCAGGUCAAGUGAAUACGACUGCACUGCCUAUGUGACGUUUAAUGAUACAUAUGCUCUGGAAACUGCUGUUCUUUUGAGUGGAGCUUUUAUAGAAGAUCAGCAAAUAGGUAUUUCGAGGAUGCAUACAUAUAUUGAUGAAUCGGAUCUUUGGAAUGAUAGAAGUAUACUGACAGGGGGGUCGUCUGGGGAAGCAUCAGCAAAUGCAUUUGUUUCAAGCCCUGGGGAGGCUAUAACUGUAGCACAGGAAGUGGUUAAAACGAUGGUAGCAAAAGGAUACGUGCUGGGAAAGGACGCGUUGGUUAAAGCGAAAGCACUGGACGAAUCCUAUAAAGUGUCCUCAAAUGCAGCAGCUAAGGUAGCAGAGCUGAGCAACAGAAUGGGGCUAACUAAGAAGAUUAAUGCAGGUUUAGAAGUUGCCAAGUCCAUAGAUGGGAAGUACCAUGUGAUGGAAACAACCAAGAUGGCUGCAUCAUACACUGGGCGAACUGCUGUUGCAGCCGCAAAUAGUGUGGUCAGCAGCAGUUAUUUCUGUAAAGGAGCUUUAUGGGUAUCAGACAUUCUCAAUCGAGCCGCCAAGGCUUCUGCUCAGUUGGCGGCUAACCAAGAUCCCCCACCAGCCAAUAAAUGAAUUUGUGGAUCGAAAAGUCGAUUUCAAAUACUGAUCAGGUGUUGUUGUAAGGUAAUUUUGUAUAAAUUGUGGUUGAACUUGAGUUGUUAUGUGUCAAGUAGUAGGAAGGAAGCAAGCAAUAAUAAUCCAGAAUGUUGAAUUUUUGUGGGGAAAUGGGAUUAAUUGCAUUGCAAGGAUUAAUGAAUAUGAUGAUGUGUUUUCUUGACUAUUAAUUUAAGUUCUUUUCAGGUGGA